ACCGUUUUUUUCAUCAACCUUCAACAAUGUUACUGAGUCACUUUAAAAGGGAAACCCUACCGGUAACAGGAUAUAUCACAUGGUCUCAGUCACAUCCCCAAAACAUUUUCACUUGGUUUACUAUUCAUAAUAACUUCACACUGCCACUCUACCACAGCCAGAUAUUUGAAAAGUCUACAUCGACAUAAGCACACUGCUCGACUCUUUCAAACCUGUCUUCAGAGAACUAUUGAAUUGUUGGGAAAUGCAACAUUAAAACUUUAACCUUCAUCAAUGAUGAAUGGCACCGGAUAACCACAGCUGAUGAAGGAAUCCACAUUUUUUUCAGGCUCAAUGAAAAACAGUAAAGCAAACAAGCUCAAAUACGCAAAGCUUACAGAAACAAAAACAGGAUACUGUUUACUCCUGAAGUCCAGGCAGAAUUCGAGUUCAUUUUUUAUGCUGGAUUCAAGUACUAUCUGAUACAGACCAUGUGCUACUUGGAGAACAGUAAAAGGCAUUGAUUUUACACCCGAUCUCAAGAUUCUCAACUUAUAUGCUGUAAACAAUUCGAUUGCAAUUCUUGUUCUGAGUGGAUAUUUCUCGUCAUCAUCAACAAGGAUAUAAGGUCCAAGAGCCAAGCUUCUUAAAUCACAGAGGAAUAUAAAUCUUCAUUCACCCAUUACGUACUGGAACCAAGUUUUGCUGUGUUAUAGUCUUUGGGAAUGAGAGAAGUCAGAAGUUAACAGGUUAAUAUUUGCAAUAUCUUACAGAGGAUCAUGAGAUACAUGUACGUCUUGUGGAAUCUAAAAGACAGCUUUGGAUGCCUUCCAACCCACUCUGUAAUCUACUUUGACUUUUAAAGGCUGUCUAAAGAAUAAAUGUUAUCUUUAUUUACAUGCAACAGCAUAUCUUAAAUCAUGUGCAUUUUCCAUGAAAUCAGAGGUAAAAUGAGCAUGUACGUAUUUGUCCUUAUUUUUCUCACAUUCUACAGACCAAGUGUCUGUACAAUACUGAAUGUCAGAGAAGGGGAAGAAGCAAAACUGAACUUUUCAUACCCAUGUAAUAUUACAAAGACCACAUUGCAACAUAGCUACAGAGCUCCCUUUUACAAUUCAGAAAAUCUAGGUUCUAACCCUUUGCCUCAACGAUAUGAACUUGAAAAUCAUGAGAAAAAUGACGAUGACCCUACUUGCUUUAUCCUCCUAAUCAUUGACCCUGUUUUAAGAAGCGAUGAGGGUACCUAUAUUCUCUCAGUAUAUAACCAUAGUCAACUGCUACCAGAGUACCCUAGAAUUGGUUUACGUGUUGCUUACCCUCCUGGCAGGGCUUCUUGUGAAUCAAGUAGCAACCAUCUAGAUGGAGCAUGGAUCAAGCUACAAUGCAAUGCUCCUUUAGGGAAUCUUGCAAGCCAAAUUGUAUGUUACCAGAAUGGCAUGAGGCUACCCCCUUUAGGAACACCUGUCGAAAAUGGUGGACGAUUAAGUCAGGUCAUACUGGCAAGAAUAGAAGAUCACUCUGUACGCUGUUGUUCAUCCACCUUAGACCAAACAAAGACCAUGCAGCAAUGCAGGGAUUGUGGAUGGGAUCCCAUUCAGAAUAUGGCAUUAACAGACAUUACAGACCUGAGCACUACUGUCUCACCUACACAACACUCACAAUCAACACAAAACUUCACACUGGAAGGUGAAACCCCUUCUUCCCCUCCACACAUGAUUACAGACACGGCUACAAACACAGAUGUAUGUUCCAAUUCCAAAAGACCCGUGUACGUGUACAUUGCCUUAAGCUUCUUAAUUUUGAUUUUUGUUAUUUACAAUAUACUACUUAUCUUCUUAAAAAAGAAAAACAAGAUCCUUGAAAAGAGGCUUGCAUCGAACAGUCACGUUGACGGUCAGAUGAGCAAAUUCUGACACCUUAUUAUUUGUGAAAACGGCAGGUCACUAUUUUUUUCUUUCUUUCUUUCUUUAUGAAUAUGCCAUUUUUCGACAAACGUAUAAAAAAGUAUAAUUUACUAAACAUUGAGGAAAAAUCUCGGAAAAUUAUGUAAUUUCAGCAACAUUUGUAAAUCACCGUUAUCGAAUUAGAAACAGACCACAUUUGAAUUAUAUUUGAGGGGCAUCUGUCACCCCC